AUGAAGCAAGCAGCGUUCCGCGGCACUGCCCCUCCAAUGGGUUGGGCCAGGAAAUCACAAGCCCCAGGCGCUCGCAACUUGUACACUGCCUCUGAUCACUCUCACAAGUCUUGCCCCACGUCCUCGUGCGACUCUUGCUUCGGACUCAUUUACGAGGAUGGAUACGACUACGAAUCUAACAGCGAGGAGUUGGACGAUGAUGCCGACGAGGAUGUGGACGAUUAUGGCUCUGAUGGUUGGGACCAGUCCCAGUCCCAGUCCCAGUACUCUCAGUCCCAAGCCUCCUCCAUCUGCCCGACUCCGGUCGCUGGCCAUUCUCAUUCCCAGGUUAAUACUACUGAUCCGUUUUCCAUGUCUUCAAUGUCUUCUCUCUUCGGCCCUUCUUCUUGGUCUUCUUCUUCUCCCUUUUCUCAGCAAUCUCAGGGUCAUUCUCCCUUUGGUGCUCCUGUUCCUGCUCCGGCUCCUACUCCUACUCCUACUUCUCGUCGUCCUGCUCCUCCUCUUCCAGCACCCCUAGGUUCAAGGAGAAAUGGGUCUCGAAGUUCUCAGCGGUGUUCAUGCCAGAAAUCCUCCAAUGGGUUUUCUAACGCCUUCUCUUCUUCCGGUCCUCCUCCUCCAGGCGGUACUGGUAACGGACAGAGCCAGGGCACCACUACCGACACUCAGCUCUCCAUCUUCACCAAUAGCCAACACACCGGAACCGACAACCAGACCCAAACUGAUAGCCAGGCCCUGGGGCAUCUGCUCAUCAAUGGCCCUGGUGCCAAGAGCAAGAAUGGCAAAGGCAUGGUCAAGAACUUGAAUGUGUAUAAUCCCAAUAUUACCAUUCAGGUGACACCGGAGCACUUCAGCCAGAUCUUCCCCGGAAAGAAGAGUGGUGGGCAGCGGAGUGGGAAUGUCAGUAGCCAGAAGUAA